CAAGUCUUUUUUGACAAGGGUGACUCAAGCAGCUAAUGCAGGCACUGCACCACAGACCACAGCCAGCCACCCAACUCAAGAGAGGUUAAACUGUCUCACAGAAAGCCUGGGAAACUUCUUCAGAGAUCUGACACAACUUCAAGGGUUCCACCAUUUCCAUUUGUCAAACGCUUGGACAGAGGAGACUGACGUAUGGCGGCGUGGGACCUGUCAGUCACAGUGGAGGACCUGGGGCCUGACGCACCCCCUGUCACCAUCAGUGUUGCCUCCGACCUCCACGUUGGAGGGGUUAUCGUCAAGCUGGUAGAAAAGACACAGAUCAAGCGUGAUUGGUCAGACCAUGCUCUGUGGUGGGACCAGAAGAAGAUGUGGCUGCUGCGAACAGCCUGGACUCUGGAGAAAUAUGGGAUUCACGCAGACGCUCGGCUCAUCUUCAUGCCUCAGCACAGACCUCUGAAACUGGAUUUACCCAACGGCAAGACGGUGAGGCUUAGGGCCUGCUUCUCCGACCCCGUCUUCCAGACCGUGAUGGGCAUCUGCAGACAGCUCAACAUCCGUCACCCAGAGGAGCUCUCCCUCCUCCGUCCUGUGGAGGAGAAGAAGAAGAAGAAGGAUAAAGAUCUGACUGAGGAGAUCUACGACCUGACUGAGGUGCCCCUUUCCUCGGUGUCCCGGCCCUGUUUGUACAACGGCAUGCCGGCUCACUUUGCUGAAUCAGAGAAGAUGGAGGCUGUCUACAAGAUGCUAUCCAUCACUCAGACUCCUCCUGCCCCCGAGGUCAUCACCAAGCAGUAUCGGCCUGCCAGCGUGGUGGACAAGGCUCACAUCAAUGGCAGGUGGUUGGACUCAUCACGUUGUCUCAUGCAGCAGAACAUCCAAGAAAACGACAGACUCUGGCUUCGCUUCAAGUACUACACCUUCUAUGAGCUAGACCCCAAGUACGAUGUUGUUCGCCUGACGCAGCUGUACGAGCAGGCCCGCUGGGCCAUCCUGCUGGAGGACAUCGACUGCACCGAGGAGGAGAUGAUGCUUUUUGGAGCUCUGCAGUACCACAUCAGUAAGGUUUCUCAGUCGGAGCCCCAGGCGCUGAGCACCAACACGGCCAUGGAUGACUUGGAGUCGGCCCUUCUGUCCCUGGAGGUCAAGAUGGAGGGAGAGAGCAGCUCUGCGACUGAGCUGCUGGAAACCAUGACUGCACCAGAGCUGAACGACUACUUAAAGAUAUUUAGGCCUAAGAGACUCACGCUGAAGGGAUACAAACAGUACUGGUUCAAGUUUCAGGAUACUUCCAUCGCUUAUUUCAAAAGCAAAGAGGAGAGCAUUGGAGAGCCCAUUCAACAGAUUAACCUGAAAGGUUGUGAGGUGGCUCCAGACGUUAACGUGGCAGCACAGAAGUUCCUGAUCAGACUGCUGAUCCCAGCACCUGAAGGCAUGAACGAGGUCUUUCUGCGCUGUGAAAAUGAGCGGCAGUACGCUCAGUGGAUGGCAGGAUGCCGGCUGGCCUCCAAAGGCAAGAGCCUGGCAGACAGCAGCUUCCAGAGUGAGAUUCAGAGCAUCCGCUCAUUCCUGGCUAUGCAAAGAAACAACUCUGGUUCCAGUUCCAAUGCAGCAUCAAGUGACGAAAGCAUCAACACUCACAGUCUGGUAUCGCCACGCUAUCAUAAGAAGUACAAGACCAAACAGCUGACCCCUCGGAUCCUGGACGCGUACCAGAACGUGGCUCAGCUCUCGCUGUCAGAUGCACUGAUGCGCUUCCUGCAGAUUUGGCAGGCCCUGCCUGACUUUGGACUCUCAUAUGUUGUUGUCAGGUUUAAGGGUAGUCGUAAGGACGAGGUUCUGGGCAUAGCCCCUAACCGGCUAAUCCGCAUCGACUUGGGAGUGGGUGAUGUGGUGAAGACGUGGCGCUACAACAACAUGAAGCAGUGGAACGUCAACUGGGACAUUCGACAGGUGGCCAUCGAGUUUGAAGGGAACGUGAACAUCGCCUUCAGCUGCGUGACUGCAGACUGCAGGAUCGUUCACGAGUUUAUCGGAGGAUACAUUUUCAUGUCAACACGCAGCCGCGAGAAGAGCGACGUACUCAACCAAGAGCUUUUUCACAAGCUGACAGGAGGUCAUGAAGCGCUUUAAGAGUGAAACACACAAAGAUUGAUGUCUACCAGAGGACCCACCACAACCUUGGAAAACCAAAGUGAUGGACAGAGAUACAGAAAUAACAUGAAGCUGUUUUUGAAUGCAGGUGUUUUAUAAUCUUUCAGUCUGUGCAGAUUUGGAUCUGCCAUUGAUUCUUAACUCACAUGUUUUUUUAACUGAAUCAAUGAAUGUCACACUUAAGUUCAGACUGAUGGACUGCUGCUGAAUGAAACGGCAGGUCAGCCGGUCCAAGAACAGUGGGCUUGAUAAUCCAGCUUCCAGAAAAUGUUAAAUCAACAACUGGCUCAGACACUUGCCUUUUUCCAGCCACUCUAUCAAACAUGGUAAUCGGUAUUUCUCAGUAUAAAAAGCUUUGCUGAAUCAUUCUCACCAGGACUGGUCUUGUAAUAAAAAUGACACUGAAGCAGCUAGAA